UCUCUCCCUCCCUCUCCUGCACUCGCUCGCUCUUUCUCUCCUCCCUGUCCUUGGGAGAGUUCCCUGGCAGUGCUCGUCUGCUGUCGGGGGAUCUGGGAGCCAGGCUUGUCGACCGCGCCAUCUCCGGGAUACAGAGCAGAGGCAGGGGACCGUCAUGCCACCCCACCACAUCGCCUAAGCGCUUCCGUGGCACGGCCGUGCUUUUACGAGCCCACUGCACCAUGUCUGCCUCACAGCCUGGGGAGAAUGAAAAUGUGUUCGAUUUUAACGAAGCUGUUCCUGAGACUGAGCUCCUUGAUAGCAGUCUGCAAAAGGCGCGAGCCCAGCUGUCUGUCAAGACAAGGAGACACCGGCCCUCCCGCUCACGGCUCCGGGACAGUGUCAGCUCUACGGAAGGGGAUGAGAGUCUGGAAAGAAAGUCACUCGACAGUUACAGUAGCCCGCUGCACGGCGUACGCUCUCCACUCCACUCAGCGCUGCGGGGGUCUUCGCCCUCCCCUGACUCCCUGCUCUCCUCUUCCUCGCCCAUCCUGAGGAGCCCUGCCUUUAUCUUCGAUGCCUCCCUCGUUCGCCGCGCUCCAGAAGAGGAGGAAGAGGUGGCCCCGCCCGCACCCUGCAGCCGCUACAGACAGCUCAGCAAUGCCUCUUCCCAGGAGGCCCUGUGCUCACCGCCCAAUGGCUCGCCCUCAAAGUCCUGCCCAAGCUCCUACAGCUCGCCGAUGUACAUCCGCCGGGAGCACCGCACGGAAAGCGAAGAUGACUGCCAUGACAGAAGCCCAGGAGAGUCAAGCAACCCCACAGUUAUCCUGGACAAGAAGACCAAGAGGAGAUUCCUGGAUUUGGGGGUAACGUUACGACGCUCCUAUGGAAAAGUCAGAAAGGAAAAAUCCAAUAGGCUGUCAGUAGGAAAUCGGGAGCCCUCGGAGAGCCCGUCCCGGUCCUCAGGGCCGCCAUUCGUGCCUUUCUCCUGGUUCACCGACAGCACCAGAGCCUCUGCCACCUGCGGCACCCCCUCCUUCUCCCUCAAGGCUGCCUCUCAGAGCUGCAGUCCCCGAAAGUCCAACUCCCAGGAGUCUGCCUUCAGUGAUGAGGUAUGCCCGCGGAGUCCCCGUGUAUCCAGCAGGUCGGUAGCAGAGUCCCGGUCCUCCCACCCCUAUACGACCCUCUCCCAGUCUUCGGAUGAGCUCCUGGAUGAGCCCCUGUGCUUGGUGUCAGCGUGGACUACCCAGCAGGUGUGUCAGUGGCUCAAAGGCUUGAACAUGGAGCAGUAUAUCCCAGAAUUCACUGCCAGAGACAUAGAUGGGGAGCAGCUGCUGCAGAUGGAUGGGAGUAAACUGAAGGGGCUGGGGGUGAGCAGCUCUUCAGACCGCAGUGCACUGAAGCGCCGCCUCAAAGACAUGCACGCCGCUGCGGAGAAGGAGCGCAAGGCCCUGGACAAACUGGAGAAACAGAAGGAGAAGCAACGCAAGAAGGACCAGGACCAGCACAAGAGCUAGAGGCCACCAGGGGGAGCAUGUGCAAGCACUUGCUCACACAGACACUCUCACACACACACACACACACACAAACACACACAACUUUAUGUCAGGUCUUACAAAUUCAAAAUAUAAAGCAUAACACAAAGACAUCCAAACGAAACAAUAUAUUUCACAAACCCUUUGUUUGUUCUUUUAUUCAUUUCUUCAGUUAGCGCUGGUCUCAAACCAUCGUGUUUCUUUCCUCACUAAAACAUAAAAGAGAAAGCCAUGAGCUGUCAGAAGGAAGGAAGCUGUUGCCUCUGGCAGUUCGAAGUUUAAGUGUGGUUUUCCUACUUAUGUCAUCCUUGGUGUGAGUUAUCAUUGCAUAGAAGAAACUACGUUAACACUUCCUCUGAAACUAGGCAAAACCAGUAUACCAUGACCACCACUACUACCAGUCCUGAACUGUGGUUUAGAUUUCUGCCUUUUACAAAAACGUAAUGUAAGGAAUUCAUUUUAAAUAUCUCAAAAUACAUAAUGCAAUGCCGCUUUCACAUGCAUUUUUGAAUGCAUGUAAGUAAAAGUAUGUUGAAGUCACAUUCAACCAGUUACAGUAUACAUGGAAUGCAUGGAUGAAAGCGGAAAUAACUGUUGCCACCAUCUGCAAUGAAUAUUUUGACAUAUUUAAAAAUAUCUUCCUUAUGUUUUGACUUUUCUGCUUUUACCACAUAACGAUACAACAACAUUAAUGACAUUUGAGAUAUACUGUUCAUGAGAUAUGCUAGGGUGAAAGGUCCUAAAGUAAAUGGCUCAUAGUGUGUAGUUGUUUCUAUUUGCUUUGUCGUUGCUUUUAUUUCAUUUUGAAGUACAUUAUUGCAAGGGCAAAAACAAUGCAUGUUAAUGCACACACUAAUCUUGAUAUCAAAUGGGCCAAUUUUUUCCUUAUUCAUGAAAGGCAGCAGUGGCUGGCAACACAAAUAUGAAGGCCCACUGCAGUACUCAUUGCCAGUACUGUGUUGGUUCCCAAACAUAUACCUCAAGUAUACAUUGCUGGCAUCCUAAUGCAGUGCUAUGGCUCCUUUCACCUUCACAGUCUAUGGAAGAAUGACAGCACUCCCAUUUGGCAGGAUAACAUUGUUAUGUCUUAUUGUUAUCUCUCAGUUCAUAAGACCACAGCUCCACAGAUUGUUAUAAGUAUUUCUCCAGGCAUUCAAAAUGAAGUAAAGGUGUACAAUUUGUUGUCCCAGUCAAUAAUGAAAAUUAAUUCAGAUGGCAGCAAAGACAAAACUAUUCUACAUCCUAGCAAAUGCUUAACAUUUUGGAGCAUCAUCAUGAGAAAGUGUGUGUGUAAGGGGCUGCAACGUCUUAUUUAUUUUGAACAGGUCUGGUAGGGCCUCAAUUCAGAAAGUCUCUAAUCAAACAGAAAUUAGUGCCAUGAUUAAAGCAGAUUAAUGGUCAAAAAAAGUUUAAAUAUAAUGAUACAGUGACCACUCAGUAAUCUAAAAAGUUACAGACCACAACUGGGCACACCCGCUCAAUGCAUUUCAUUUAGAAAUGCUACACUCCCAUCCCAAAACACAUUAAACCAUUCUUGCUUUUGUGGUCUGCAGGCUCUGAUAUGAACAAACACCAGUUCCUCAGUUUAUCCAAGUCUUGUGUUGUCUGUUGCAUCUGUUUAAUCUGUAAAUCUGUCCUUAAAGUUUGGCAGCUCAUUAAAAUCCCAAU